GUAAUUAACGCAGUGCGCAUUCGUCAUUUUUAUUUAAAAAAAAAAACAAACCUCUUCAAAACCCUUAAAGAUUAAAUGUGUAAGUUAUCUAAUGGUUAUAUAAGCUUAAGUAAUAUGGUUUAAACAGUUGUUCGUAAUUGAGUGUUAGAAACAUAUGAAGAUGAAGUUUGUGGCUAUCGUGGCGAUAGCCCUGGUGGCAGGGGCUCAAGCGGGCACCUACACCGACCGUUUCCUGGAGCAGUACAACAAAAUCAAAAAUUCCAACAAUGGAUACUUUUCCAAGGACAAUGUGCCCUACCACAGCGUGGAAACAUUGAUAGUGGAAGCGCCCGAUCACGGACACGAAACUACUUCUGAAGCCUACAGUUACUGGGUAUGGCUGGAAGCCAUGUACGGCGCCAUCCAGGGCGACUUCUCCAACUUCAACACUGCCUGGAACGUCCUGGAACAAUACGCCAUCCCGAAACUCCAGAACUCGAACAGCUACUACAACCCCAGCAGUCCGGCAACUUAUGCCCCAGAACUGGACGAUCCCAGUCAAUAUCCUUCCGCUAUCGAUAGUUCAGUUAAAGUCGGUAUUGACCCCUUGGCCAACGAACUGAAAAACGCUUAUGGCUCCGACGAGAUGUACUCCAUGCACUGGCUUUUCGACGUUGACAACGUUUAUGGAUUCGGAAACGUCCAGGGACAGUGCGAGUCUGGACCUUACGCCUCCGGUCCAUCAUUCUACAACAACUACCAGAGAGGACCCAUGGAAUCCGUAUGGAGGACCAUCCCACAGCCCACUUGCGACAACUACAAAUACGGUGGUACCAAUGGGUUCUUGGACCUUUUCGUCAAGGACAACUCGUACUCACCGCAGUACAAGUACACCGCCGCCCCUGAUGCCGAUGCCAGAGCCGUACAGGCGGCUUAUUGGGCCAACGUGUGGGCCACCGCCAAGGGACAACAGAGUUCCGUAUCCAGUACUUUGAGCAAGGCCGCCAAGAUGGGAGAUUAUUUGAGAUAUUCGCUCUUUGACAAAUACUUCAAGAAAAUCGGCAACUGUUAUGACGCGUACUCCUGCCAGGCCGGUACUGGAAAAGACAGCGCUCACUACCUUAUUAACUGGUACUUUGCCUGGGGCGGUUCCUACAACGCCCAAUACGGAUGGUCGUGGCGUAUCGGGGAUGGUGCAUCCCAUUUCGGGUACCAGAACCCCUUGGCCGCUUACGCUUUGGCCAACGACGCUUCCUUGAAACCCAAAUCUCCUACUGCUUCUGAUGACUGGUCCACAUCGCUCACCAGGCAGCUGGAACUUUAUGAGUACUUGCAGACUUCUGAAGGUGCGUUUGCCGGCGGUGUUACCAACUCCUGGAAGGGACGUUAUGCUCAGCCAGACUCUGACUUACUCGAGAAUACUUUCUACGGCAUGUUUUACGAUUGGGAACCAGUUUACCAUGACCCACCAUCCAACAGAUGGUUCGGUAUGCAAGCCUGGUCCGCAGACCGUUUGGCCCAGUAUUACUACGUAACAGGAGACAGCAAAGCUCAAUCCCUUUUAUCCAAAUGGGUGGCUUGGGUAACCAAAGAAACCACCUUCUCCGGAAACACUUUCCAGAUGCCUUCCACCCUCGGAUGGACCGGAAACCCGCCCAAUGUCCACGUGUCCAUCACUAGCUACGGUAUCGAUUUAGGUUGUGCAGCAUCUACUGCACGUACCCUCGCCUACUACGCCGCCAAAUCGGGCGAUUCCAGUGCCAAGGAGUUGGCCAAGAAACUGUUGGAUGCGAUCUACGUAUACAAAGACGAUCUCGGUUUCGGAGUUGAGGAGCCACGCGACGAUUACACGCGUUUCAAUGAGAAGGUUUACGUGCCCUCAGGUUGGACCGGCAAAUAUCCCAAUGGCGACGUCAUUGACUCAUCUGCCACUUUCAUCGGAAUCCGUUCUUGGUACAAGAACGAUCCCAACUGGUCCAAGGUGGAGGCUUAUUUGAACGGUGGGGAGGUGCCCACUUUUACUUACCACAGGUUCUGGACUCAGACCGAUAUCGCUUUGGCUUUCGGUGCCUAUGGACUCUUGUUUAAUGAAUAAGUUGUUAAUUUUAGAUUUGUUAAUAAAAAUUGUUGAUGUGUAA